AUUUCCCAGAAUCCCUGAAAAGUAAUUGACCGACCCUCGGAUCCCCUCACCUGGUCCUGGGGCUUCUGCCUAAGCAUUGCCCUGAGGAGCGGGGGUCAGGCGUGCAGGAGCAGGUGUCCAUGACUGGGCAGGGCGGGGGAGGGGACUUCGUUCCAGAGGCCGCUGGGCAAGAGCCUGGCAGGGACCCGGGGCCGGUGACCUGCACGUCCCUGGUUUCUCAAGACUUUGCCCUUCUCCAGAAGAGAACAGUGAAGGAGGAGGUGGAAGGAGUGACUUCUGGACGCCUGAUGGCCGGGUCACAGGAAUCUGUGACAUUCCAGGAUGUGGCUGUGGACUUUACCCGGGAGGAAUGGGGACACUUGGAGCCAGCUCAGAAGGAUCUGUACAGGGAUGUGAUGCUGGAGAACUAUCAGAACUUUGUCUCCCUUGGGCUUCCAGUGUCCCAGCCAGAUGUGAUUUCCCAGCUGGAGAGAGGGGAAGCCCUGUGGCUCCUGGAGGCAGAUGUCCCACGAUGCACUUUUCCAGUUUCCUUUACUCAAAACAUAAGCUAUGAAACCAAGAAGUUAAUUCCAGAGAAGAGUAUUUCUAUGAGAGAGUCUACUAGGAAGAAAUUCACAAAGGAUGAUCCUUGGCAUCUCAAGUUAGAAGAAACUUGGGAUUGUGAUGUCAGGUUGGCCGGACCAAAGGGCAGUACAGAGAGACAGCAUUGUCGGUCAACAGGGACUCACAGAAAACCUUUGGAUGAGUUAAGUGUUCGUGAAUUUGGAGGAAAAUUCAACCUAGUGUCAGUUCUUCCACAACAGACCGAUCCAGUAAGAAAAAGUCUUCAUAAAUAUACAAUUGAAAAAAGCUUUGAACAGUUUUCAGGACUAAGUAAACAUUGUAAACUCUCCUUAGGGAAGACAUUUUCUAAGUAUAAUAAGUGUAAGAAGCCCUUCAGUUACCAUUCAGACCUUAUUCAAUACCAUAGAACACAUUCAGGAGAGAAACCUCAUAAAUGUAAUGAAUGUGGGAAAGUCUUCAGCAACAAUUCAUGCCUUACUGUACAUCAGAGAAUUCAUACUGGAGAGAAACCCUACAAAUGUAAUGAAUGUGGGAAAGCUUUUAGCCAGAAAGGAAACCUGAAUACACAUAAGAUAAUUCAUACUGGACUGAAACCUUUUGAGUGUAAUCAAUGCCAGAAAGCCUUUGGCAACAAUUCCUCCCUUAUUCUACACCAAAGGAUUCAUACUGGUGAGAAGCCUUUUGAAUGUAAUGUGUGUAGAAAGGCUUUUAGCCAAAGGGGAUACCUUAAGCAACAUGAGCGAAUCCACACUGGAGAGAGACCCUUCGAAUGUAAUGAAUGUGCAAAAACUUUCAGCAAUAGUUACCACCUGACCCGACAUCAAAGCAUUCAUACUCGAGUGAAACCGUAUCUAUGUAAUGAAUGUGGAAAAGCCUUCAGCCAGCAGGAGUACCUUAACAAACAUAAAAGACUCCACAAUGGGGAGAAGCCUUUUGAAUGUAAUGAAUGUGGCAAAGCCUUCAGUGACAAUCACCAACUCACUCGGCAUCAAAGUAUCCAUUCUCGAGAGAAGCCUUAUGUAUGUAAGAAAUGUGGGCAAGCCUUCAGUAAUAGUUCCCGCCUCAGUGAGCAUCAGAGAAAUCAUGCUCGAGGAAAACCUUAUAAAUGUGAUGAAUGUGAUAAAGACUUCAGGCACAGCUCAUCUCUUGUGCAACACCAGAGGAUUCAUACUGGAGAGAAACCCUUUCAGUGUCAUGAAUGUGAGAAAGCUUUUAGCCAGAGGGGAGAUCUUAAUAAACAUAGGAGAAUUCAUACGGGAGAGAAACCUUUUCAGUGUCAUGAAUGUGGGAAAGCCUUCAGUCAGAGAAAAUACUUGACUGAACAUCAGGAAAUUCAUUCUCAAGAGAAACCCUAUAAAUGUAAUGAAUGUGGGAAAGCUUUCAGUAGGAAAAAAUACCUUUCUGAACAUCAAGGAAUUCAUUCACGAGAGAAACCUUUUAGAUGUAAUGAAUGUGGGAGAAAUUUUAGCAUAAAGAAAUUCUUUAUUAAUCAUCAGAGAAUUCUUCAUCCUAAAGAAAAACCCCGUGAAUGUAAUGAGUGCAGGGAGGUCUUCAACAGCAUUGCAUCCUUUAUUGACCAUCAGAGAAUUCAUAUUGGAGAGAAACCUUUCCGGUGUAAUGAAUGUGGGAAAACCUUCAGCAACAAUUACCGCCUUAAUCAACAUCAAAGAAUUCAUACUGGAGAGAAAUCUUAUGUAUGUAGUGAAUGUGGGAAAGCUUUCAUUCAGAGAGGAGAUCUGACAAAGCAUCAGAGAAUUCAUACUGGAGAGAAACCUUUUCAGUGUAGUGAAUGUGGUAAAGCUUUCAACCGGAGUGGAAACUUUAAGCAACAUCAGAGAAUUCAUACUGGAGAGAAGCCCUUUGAAUGUGAUGAAUGUGGAAAGAUGUUCAGGCAGAGGCAAAACUUUACUACACACAAGAAAACACACUGUUGAAAAACCCAAUGAAAUAUUGCAAUCUGGGGAAAACCUUUAGCCUGAAGGAACAUUCUAAGAAUACCAGAGAAUUUAUGCACUACACAUGGAAUGAAUGUUGUGUAUAAUUGAAAAUUUGUUACCCUAAAAAAGAACUACAUUUCCUGGGAGCCCACCAACUUCCUGUCAUUACGUACUUCCUGUAGACAAGGGAUAUUAGGCAGUGAUGCGGAGGGUCCCAGCCUCUUUGGCUUGCAGCAAGCAUGGUUGUGGUGGUAAGAGUGGAGAUUUUAAAUGGGCUAAUCAGCCAUGGGCACGUGGUCUUUAUUUUGUAUCCUCUUUAUUCCUUGGUUUCUAAUGAUCAUUAAUCAAUCUUCAAAAAUAUCGUAUUUUUAUUAUUGAGAUUUAAUUUUAAUUUUUACAUUUUUGGUAACUAGAAGUUGGAGAAAAAAUUCUUUUUUUUAAAGAUAGCCUAGAUAAAAUUUUAAGCCAUGUUUCUUCUAACCCCCCCCCCCCCCCCCCAACUCCAAACUCUACUGGAGCUUCCGCCCUGUUCCUGAUGUUUUUUUUUCUUCUUUUCCUACUUUUUGCUAGGUUAUCCUCCUUAUGGGCCCAGCUAUUUUUAGUUUGAGACUCUUUUUGGAGAAGAGAUAAGAUGCUUCUCUCAGUUCCUUAGUUCCUUGCUGUUGCCUCUGGUGUUGCUGAUACGGCUUGCUCUUGCUCCUUCCCCAGCCUGUGAAUUUUAAAAAUCUCCAUCUUGGUCUAGCACCCAAAAAUUGUGCACACCCACACUACACGGGCAUGUGCUAGUUGAGGACAAAUCAGAAAUAACUAACUGCCCACCUGGGCUGUCCUAAGCCAAGCUUGAGCCACCAUUGGCACUUGUGAGGCACAGGAAGUGACGGAGAAAGCAGCCUCUGGAAUUCGCUCACUUCCUGUAGAGAGGUCUAGACGGGAGUUCGUGCUAGAAGCUUGAGCAAGGUGGAGGCCCGCAGACAGCUUCCCUUCAGAUCAGUCACGUGAGUCAAGGACUGUUUCCUUCUCUACCUUGGCCCUUUGGGCCUAAACUCCCUCUGGCUCCCUGCUAGAGGUUGAGUAAAACCCUUUCCCUUUUCUCCUCUCUCCUUUUCUCCCUCUCCUUUUUCUUACUCCCAUUGUGAUUAAACCCACAAUAAAUUCCAUCCUGACUUGAGUAUUUCAUUUUAGGAAUUUCAUAAGUAAAUUCCUUGGCGGCCACAGUUUUAAUAUAACAAUCUUAAAAGGUGAAAUUUUCACUACAACAAGCCCCAACCCCAGCCCUGGCCCUGACUGCUGUUGAUUCUGCUGAGUUGCUGAUUGCUGCCACAAAGAAGCUAGGAGUCCUUGGCUCUCAGGACAGUUGGUAAAAAUUGGGGUGGGCUUUCCUUAGGCAAUAAUUAGCCUACACAUGGCAGGGGACCUGGGGGUGAGGGGAAGGAAAGAAGUUUCCUAAGUUUACUCUUCCAAACAGGAAGUAAAAUUGCAAGCAUGACAUACUCUAUGACAGAGCAGUACCUUGCCUAUUUCAAACAGCUUCCAGUUUUAGGAUGUUUUCUACCAUUCAUGGGUACAUUGAUCCUUUCACUUAUCUUGCCUGAGAAAUUCAUCUCCCUACAACCCUUUGCCAUUUGGGCCUGUCCAGUCUCUAAGAUUCAUCCAGUUUGAGAUUCCUCAAACCCAUGUUCUCCCUUGCUAUGGGAAAUACCAGAACUCUGAUAAAAGGAAUCUGAACGGAUAGAGAAAGGAAGUUUAAAGAGACUGGAGGUGAAGAUUUUAAGCCUUUUUCAGACUCCAUUGUUUUAUGAAAGUCUCUGUAUUUUAUUGUAUUUUGCUGAUUGUUUUGUUUAAGAUUUAAUUUUGUGGUUUUAAGUUCAUAUAUUAAUGUAUUUAAUACUAUUCUGUUACAUUCAAUCUACUGUGUUUUAACUACUGUUAUAUUCCAAUAUUCCAUUACCUUUCCCCUAUAACUAUACUGAAACAAAUAUUAUUGACUAAGCCCAUUUGAAAAAAAACAGCUUUUCUUCCAUUUUGGCUUUGUUAAUUGUCACAUAGAUGAAGGAUGGACUUCACCAAAACUAGUUACAAUUGUAUAACAACCUUUGGAAAAUUUAAUGAGCUAAAUAUCUCAAAUUUAUUUUGAGUCUUUAGACAUGAUUAAAAAACAUUUUUUUCAACAA